AUGGACAUCGCCGUUGUUGGUGACAUAUCGAAGAGCAUGGAGAAAAGCCACCGUAAUAAGUUGGUCGAUCUGGUUAAGUCGUUGGUGGACCAGAAGGGCGUCUCUGUCGAAGGAAAUCAUUUUGCAAUUGCCACUUUUGGAUCGUACGCCUCAAUUAAGACAUACUUUAAAGAAAGCAGAUACUACAAUGCCAAAAGCUUAAAGCAAAAAGUUAACAAGGAAUUCAAAGUUGUUCCCGGUAAAAAAGGUACGCGCACUGAUCUUGUCCUGAGAGUAGCCCUUAACAGACUGUUCACCCCAGAAGGAGGGGAUAGGCCUGAUGCUCAGAACCUCAUGCUCAUCUUCACUGACGGAAAGCCAUGGAUUGGCAAAUGGGAUGACAGAAAGAUGGUUCCUUUUUGGGAAACCACGAAAGCUUUGGAGGUAACACAGCUAAACCUUUUUUCAACUUUGGUACGAAAAAAAAACGUUAAAAUAGUUGUAAUCGGAGUUGACAAAGAGCUGUACAAAACUGUUAAUGGAGAAUACACUGAUUGGUCUGAGUCUGAGUGCAGUGUGACGUGUGGAGGAGGAGUUAAGACACUUACAAGAACCUGUUCCAAUUCCCCGCCAUCUAAUGGCGGAAAGGACUGCAGUGAACUUGGACCAGCUGAAACGAUAGCACCAUGUAACGAACAAAAAUGCCCUGUCGACGGUGGAUACACUGAUUGGUCUGAGUCGAAGUGCAGCGUGACGUGUGGAGGAGGAGUGAAGACACUUACAAGAACCUGCACCAAUCCCCCAGCAUCUAACGGUGGAAAGGACUACGUUGUUGACGGAGGAUACACUGAGUGGUCUGAGUCGAAGUACAGCGUGACGUGUGGAGGAGGAGUGAAAACACUAACAAGAACCUGCACCAAUCCCCCUCCCUCUAGCGAUGGAAGGACUGCAGUGAACUUGGACCAGCUGAAAAGACAUCUCCAUGUAACGAACAAAAAUGCCGUAAAAGAUCUAGUCAUCAUGCAGGCUGAAGCUGUUGACGGGGGGUACACAGAUUGGUCUGAGUCAAAGUGCAGUGUGACGUGUGGAGGAGGAGUGAAGACACUUACGAGAACUUGCACCAAUACUCCCCCAUCUAACGGUGGAAAGGACUGCAGUGAACUGGGACCAGCUGAAAAGACAGUUCCAUGUAGCGAAAAAAAGAGCCGCUUACAAUUAAGCUGCAAGAGUUCCAUGUGGGUACUGGUUAGGAUAACCAUGGGAUUACUAGAAACGAUGCAUCAGUUUUAA